ACUUACCAGGUGUUCCAGCUUGCCCUCUGUGAUUUUGUUGCCGCCGUCACCGUGAUGCUGCCCUACCACAUCAACCUCUACAGCGACGUGUGGCACUUCGGCAACACGGCGUGCAUGGUCGUCAGCUACAUGUACUUUCUCUGUGCUAUCGAGAGCUGCAUCUUGACCCUCAUUAUAAGCAUCGACCGCCUGAUGCUGUACAUCGUGGGCUCCAAGUACCGGCACAUGUACAGCAUCUCAAGCGCGGUACUCACCACCCUCAUCUCCUGGUGUGUCGUCGUCUUCUUCACCAGCGUCACGGCCGAGCAGAACAGCAAGUUUGUCGGCCCCGAGAGGGAGAACACCUUCGUCCAGCACUGCAUCCCUGCCGCGGAGGCUGAGCUCCCGGGAGCUAAACUCAUCCAUAUUUGUCUGACAGUAGUGCCGCUCGCCAUCGUCAUAGGCAUCAACAUCUUCCUGUUCCGUAAACUGACCGCUCUACAGAAAAUCCCCAAGUUCCGAAAACAGUCCAAGGUGACCUUCUCAAGGUCAGCGUCGGUCAUUGGGUUGGAUGACCAGCCUUCAACCCCGCAGCGGAAAUCGAGUGCCAGUAUCCAAGGCAUCCUCCAGUCCAGCCCAUCCAAGUUCCUGCGGGUCAAGGAAGCCAAGAGCUACAUGAUCAAACGGGCCAAGCUACUGGUCAUCUGGCGUACCUUCACCUUCCUGGGCUGCUGGGCCCCCUACUGCAUCCUGCUGACCGCCCACACCUGGCACCCCGGCACCAUCAGCUGGGAGUGGUUUGUCCUCAUCAAGUGGACGGUGCUCAUGAAAAACAUGCUGGACCCGCUCACCUACGCCAGGAAGAUUCCAGCCUUUAGAAAAGCAUUCAACCGUUUCAUCACGAGCGUGGAGCGGCGCUGCGUGUGUCCGCGCCUCAUCCGUUUCGCCGUCACGUGCUGUUGCUACAUCUUCAAGCGCGACAUGCCGGCCGUGGUCAGCACGCGCAAGGUCAGCUACAGCCUCAACGACACGUCCACCACCAGCUCCUACAAGAUCCACAGCAAGCUGGCCAUAGACUACCUGUGGCGUGACCCCCACCCACCGUCUAUCGUCAAGGAUCAGCCCGAGAGUACGACCCCACCCACCAUGGGGGAACGGGCGAGCGAGCUACUCAACAAAAUCCACCCAACACAUUUGAAGAGGUUACUGCCCAUGAUCAUGUUGUCAGGGAGGUUCUCUAGGAGAAGCAGCCAAAAGUCGGACAUCAUGAGCGCCAGUACAGAGCCCCCCAUUGAAGACGCCCUACCUCGCGUGUUUGUUGUCAAGACAACCUCCCUUGAGGGCAGCUUCCAGUCCUUCCAGAUCGCUGAGAAGGACGAACCCUCGAAGUUCACGACUUCAGACAUUCGCUACGAGACGGCUAUCGACUAGCUGAAGGCUACACCCCGGUAGCCUUGGCUGCAGACGUCAUUUCCAGCUGGGGUAGCAUUGGCUACACG